UAAAAUACCGGAGCCAAACCUCCAAGAAACUCCACCCAAUUUUAAAGCAUUUCCGCACUUAACAAAUACUUCGAUCAUCCACUCGCUCUAAUGGCUCGUACCAAGCAGACCGCUCGUAAGUCGACCGGUGGAAAGGCUCCCCGGAAGCAGUUGGCAACCAAAGCAGCUAGGAAAUCAGCUCCGGCGACCGGAGGAGUGAAGAAGCCCCACCGUUUCCGCCCAGGAACAGUUGCUCUCAGGGAGAUCCGGAAGUACCAGAAGUCUACAGAACUUUUGAUCCGAAAGCUUCCAUUCCAGAGACUUGUUCGGGAAAUUGCCCAGGAUUUCAAGACCGAUCUGAGGUUCCAGAGCAGCGCUGUGUCGGCUCUCCAGGAGGCGGCCGAAGCUUACCUGGUGGGACUCUUUGAGGACACAAACCUUUGCGCCAUUCAUGCCAAGAGGGUCACCAUUAUGCCCAAGGAUAUGCAGCUGGCUAGGAGGAUUCGCGGAGAGAGGGCAUAAUCCCGAGCUUUUAGUUUUUAAUUUGAUUUGCAUUUCUGAUUUCCCGUAGUAUUAUGAUCUGGUAAGGUUGCGUUACGGUUUGUUGCUUGGUUUGGAAGGUGGUAUUAUACAAUUGAUGUAAAUCUUGUGGAUCUAGGUUGUUGGUAAUCAACCACCAACUCCUAUUCUGACCGAAAUCUAAAUCAACCCAGCAAUAAAAGUUGCCUCUCAUUUUAAUUUGUAUUUACGAUGGUAACACUAAAAUUGGCUGAAUUUGCUGAUUCUGUUGAAAUUUAUGAAGUUCUGGC